AUGCGACUCUUCUUGCGUUGUGUGAAUAUAUCACGUCCAUCCUCUCUGUAUAUAGGAGCAACAACAACAACACCAACGAGAUGCGGCAUUUCAUCUGUAGCACCAGUAGACAAGAUAGUAGAGAGUACUUCUGAUCCGCUAUCUUCCUUGGGUAAGACUCAUAAUACUAUAAUUAGUAAUAGUACGACGAAUAAAGGUAGUGGACCUGCUGCUGUUGUUGCUAAUACUAAUACUACUACUGUGAGGGUCUCAACAGGGAUAGGAACAAGUGUUGGAUCUCCGCAAACGUUAACAAAUGGUUUGCAGAGGAAUAUCAUUAAAACUAGUAAAAGUACUAAUAAUGGUAUUCGCAAUGAUAAGAGCGUUGAUGAUGAUGCGGCAGUCAGACUAGAAGCACUACGGCGUAUUCGUCUGGUCCUACAGCAAUCCCAAAUGCGUACAAAACCCAAUACUACUACUACUACUACUACUACUACUACUACUACUACUACUAAUAAUACUAAUACUAAUAAUAAUGCUAAUAAUAGUAGUUCUGUUUCUUCCAUAUCCAUGGAUAGGGAUGGUCUUAGUCGCGAUGAGGUCCUUCUCUCUAUUGCAGCACUGGUGGAAAAGGAUGCGGAGAUUGGACCCCGUCUUCUCGCCGCUCUCUCUGGUGAUUCCCUGCGGCUGUUGCUGGUGAUAUGCACCGCACAGGAGUACUUUGGACAGGACGCCGUGGAGACACAACUGCGGGCUGUGGACAAGGACCGCGAUGAUAACAUCUCUUCACAGGAGUAUGAUGAUUGGGUGGAGUCAACCGUACGGCAGCGGGCCGCCACUCGUGUGAUGUUACCACGUAAAAACAAUACUACUACUACUACUACUACUACUACUACUACUANUAAUAAUAAUAAUAAUAAUAAUAAUAAUAAUAAUAAUAAUAAUAAUAAUAAUAAUAAUACGGUUAGUAGUAGUAGUGGUGUUGGAACGGGCGGGAAUAGUCCUACAAGUACAGGUAAUGUUACUCUUACUACUACCACUACUAAGAGUAGUAGUACUACUACUACAAAGAAUACUAGUAAUACUAUCAAUUCCACGCCUAUGGCUCUUAGUGCUAAUCGUAACAAUCCGUCAACCGCGUCUAUUCCCUGGCGACUGUGGCAUCGCAUUGCCUGGUCGGCUGCCGUGCCGUUCAUGGCAUUUGGACUGCUCGACAAUUGUAUCUUCGUUACUGUGGGAAGUACCAUUGAUCAGUGUAUGGCCCACACCUUUGGCAUCUCUUCAAUGGCCGCUGCCGCCCUCGGCGGUGUGGUCUCCGGCACUGCAGGCAUUCAAGUGCAUGGACUCGCAGACCGCAUGACGCAACGCUCACAACUCGCACAGGCACCACCACUCUCAACCGCCGAACGUCAAUCGCCCGCAUAUAAUAGUGCGAGACGGUUUGGAAGUACAUUGGGAAUGAUGUUAGGACUCGUGGUGGGAAUGAUGCCUUUGUUGUUUUUAUCCUCCUCAUCCUCCCACUCACCGCUGCGGGAGAGAUAG